CAAACCUACCAAAUGGGCUCUGCCAAAUUCGCGGUUUCGUCACAGACUCAUGUGCUCUUAAGCGACUUCACGGUUAAGAGCAGAGAUGUAAAAGAGUACUCUUUGAACGUAGACACCGAUGAUCUCGUCCUCACGUUUACUCCCUCUGGUGGUUCCUUUGCGUUUGUGAACGCUAUUGAGGUUAUAUCCGUGCCCGACUCAUUGAUCUCUUCUUCUCCUCCCCCGAGGGUAGUAGGCGCCUCGGGGGCCUUUCAGGGGAGCUUGUCAUCGCAUGCUUUCGAAACCAUUCAUAGACUGAACAUGGGCGGGUCGCUUGUUACCCCUAACAACGAUACUCUCACAAGAACAUGGCAGCCCGACUCGGGUUUUCUCCUGGAGAAGAAUCUAGCUAAAACUGUGUCUAAGAUUCCAUCUGUUAACUUUGUUCCAGGCUAUGCAACGGACGAGACUGCGCCCAAAACUGUGUACGGUACUUGCACUGAGAUGAACUCCGACCAAAACCCCAAUGCCAUUUUCAAUGUCACGUGGGAGUUGGACGUUGAUCCGGGGUUUCAGUACUUUUUACGCUUCCACUUCUGCGACAUCGUGAGCUUGUCUCUCAACCAGCUGUAUUUCAAUCUUUACAUUGACUCCAUGCUCGCUGUUACCGAUCUUGAUCUCAGCACUUAUGUGGAUAACACCCUCGCUGGUGCAUACAGCAUGGACCUUGUAAUGCCCUCGCCUAAGAGUAGUAAUAAAAUGCGUGUCAGCAUUGGUCCUUCAACUGUUCACACUGACUACCCAAACGCGAUUGUGAAUGGACUGGAGAUCAUGAAGAUGAACAACUCUCGAGGUCAGCUAAGCGACGGGGCAUUUGUGCCAGGUGGUGGUGGUCCCAGCACUAAGCAGAAGAAUGUUGGUUUGAUUGUAGGUGCAACCGUUGGUCCGUUGCUGGCGUUAGCCCUCUUGGGAGCUUGCUUUGUGUUCUUCUGUAAGAAGCGGAAACGUGGCCAAGAUGGUUACUCCAAGACUUGGAUGCCGUUUUCGAUUACUGGAACUUCAGUGGGAAGCAAAGGUUCUCGCGGAACCACGCUCACGAGUAUAACUACAAACGCCAACUACCGUAUCCCCUUUGCGGCGGUUAAAGACGCUACAAACAACUUCGACGAGAGUCGCAACAUUGGUGUGGGAGGUUUUGGGAAAGUCUACAAAGGAGAGCUUAACGAUGGCACUAGAGUAGCUGUGAAGAGAGGGAACCCAAAGUCUCAGCAAGGGCUUGCUGAGUUCAGGACAGAGAUAGAGAUGUUAUCACAGUUUCGGCACCGCCAUUUGGUUUCUCUGAUCGGUUACUGCGACGAGAACAACGAGAUGAUACUGGUCUACGAGUAUAUGGAGAAUGGAACGGUGAAGGGUCAUCUUUACGGCUCGGGUCUUCCUAGCUUGACUUGGAAACAACGCCUUGAGAUCUGCAUUGGCGCGGCUAGAGGAUUGCAUUACCUUCACACGGGUGACUCCAAACCUGUCAUCCACAGAGACGUCAAGUCCGCAAACAUAUUGCUUGAUGAGAACUUCAUGGCGAAGGUUGCAGACUUUGGACUGUCUAAGACCGGACCUGAGCUCGAUCAGACUCAUGUGAGUACUGCUGUGAAAGGAAGUUUCGGGUAUCUUGACCCUGAGUACUUCAGAAGGCAACAGCUCACUGAGAAGUCAGAUGUCUACUCCUUUGGCGUUGUUCUGUUCGAGGUUCUCUGUGCUAGACCUGUUAUAGACCCUACGCUUCCGAGAGAGAUGGUGAAUCUUGCGGAAUGGGCGAUGAAGUGGCAGAAGAAAGGGCAGCUGGAUCAGAUCAUUGACCAGUCGCUUCGAGGUAACAUCAGACCUGAUUCGUUGAGGAAGUUUGCGGAGACAGCAGAGAAAUGUUUGGCUGAUUACGGAGUGGACAGGCCAUCUAUGGGAGAUGUGUUGUGGAAUCUUGAAUACGCUCUGCAGCUGCAAGAAGCGGUGGUUGAUGGCGAACCAGAAGAUAACAGCACAAAUAUGAUUGGAGACUUGCCUCCACAGAUCAACAAUUUCAGUCAGGGAGACACGAGUGUUAACGUACCGGGAACCGCGGGACGGUUUGAGGAAUCGAGCAUUGAUGAUCUCUCUGGUGUUUCAAUGAGUAAAGUAUUCUCUCAACUUGUGAAAUCCGAAGGAAGGUAAUCAGAGAUUGGCAAAUGGCAGUGCCCGUAAAAGGGCAAAUUUUUUUUAUGAUCUUGUAUAAGAUGUUACGAGGAAAAAACACAGAGGUCUUUUGUCUGCUCGACAUCUUCUGGAGUAUGUAUUUUCUUGCAGAUUGAUUAAUGUUCAUUCCAAGUUGUCUAAUAUUUGUUUGUUCUUUGUUUUCAAGGAUGUUUUUAACAAUCUUGUUGUUUCAGUUAUACUGUUAGGUAUAGAAGUUAAAACUUACUACUUCA